AUCUAAUCAGCCCCUCCUUUGGUCCCAAAAGAGCACAUCGCUCAUCUUGCCACGAGGCCCCCACUCUUCGUAUAUAUACCCGACAACAACCUGUCUCUUCCCCCCGCCGCCAUGUUCCCAGACCUCCCAGAACACCUCCAGACCCUCAACGCCCUCCCCGGCAACUCCCCUCCCUCUGCUGCCAUGAAUGCAGAGCAGGAAGAGGCCUUCUGGGGCUUCCUCCACGCCGACGAGCUCUUCCGCAACUUUGGCACCGCGCCCUCCCCCACCGAGAACCACGACGACGAAAAGCGCAAGCAACAGCUCCACGCCCCCGCCCCGGCACCCACCCCGGCCACCGUCGCCACCCCUGCCUCCUCCACCAAGGAGGAGCAGAGGCCCACCCUCGAGUCCUUCCUCGCCGCCUACAUGGGCCACUCCUCGGGCAGCGCCAGCCAGCAGGCGACCACCGCCCAGACCAUCAGCAACUAUCUCAUGCCCCUCCCUGCCCCCUAUGCCACCCCCGUCCAGACCCUCUCACAAACACCGGCUGCCGUCACUACCCAGGACGUGAUGCCGUCUGUCAGCAGUGGCCGUUCCGCGAGCAUCAGCCUGUAUGAUGAGGACGACGACAAGCCCUCUGGCGCUAAGAAGUUAAAGUCUCUUGGUGCCAACCAGGUCGAGAUCGAGGAAGACAAGCGACGACGAAACACCGAGGCGUCUGCCCGGUUCCGAGCCAAGAAGAAGGAGAGGGAGCAGGCCCUUGAGCGUCGAGCCAAGGAACUCGAAAACCAGGUUUCUGCCCUCACCGCUGAAAACACCUCGCUCGAAAACGAAAACAGAUUACUCAAGGCCAUUGUCCUGAACGGCUCCAACCCCGCCGCCGCCGCCCUCGCGACUGCCGGCGCUGGUUCCCAGGACGUGUCGGCGAACGAGACGCUCCAGGCUGCUCUGGCCGCGCUGGGCAAGAGAAAGAGGGACGAAUAGCCCCUUGCCUCGGAUUAUCUUGCAGUUGUUUUCCGUCUUUUCCCAUCACCUUUUGUAUCUAGUAGCCGGACGGGGGGCUUUUUUCAGGGUUGUGUUAUUCUUUUCUCAUUGUGCUUUUUCAACAAAGUGAAGCGUUUUUCCUAGAGCUUCUAUUCUAUUUCGCUUUUUCGUAACCCCCCCAGUUCACUACCCGAGAGUAUAUCAGUUUGUCAAAGUUUUUUCUUUCGUCCGUGAAACAGCUCCAUCAGGAGUCAUCCGUUGUCUUGUAUAGGCGUAGAACGAUGGCGAUGCAAAU